UCUCGGAAUAAUGGUAUCAGUAAUAGAAUUAAAAUAAAACUAUUUUAAAGUGUAAAUAAAGGAGUUGAUGGUGCAUUAAUUACUUUUCUUUAAAAAUUAAUGUCAAUAUUAUUAUGGUAAUAUAAAUUGUGCUUACAGCUCAAAAUCAAAAUCUUUAUAUAGAUCCCAUAAGAUGGCUUUUUACUCGUGUAAUCGAUAUAGAUUGUUAGUUUUGAUAAUGUUAGCGCUGAUAAUUUGGCAGUGCUUUCGUUUACUGCCAUCAGAAAAACCCAGUAACAAGUUAUUAGAGAGUAGUAUAGUAGAACUAGAAGAUGAUAAGUACAACAAACAUAAGCAAGAUAAAGUUAAAAUAAGAGUUUACUAUGAAGCACUUUGUCCGGAUUCUAAGCAUUUUUUUAAAAAGCACCUACUGCCUGUAACAGAGAAGCUAUCUGAAUUUAUAGAUGUAACUUUGGUUCCUUACGGGAAAGCUAGUACCAAAGAAGAAAAUGGUCAAUUCUAUUUUAGGUGUCAACAUGGAGAGGAAGAAUGUUAUGCAAAUAAAAUACAUGCAUGCACUAUUGAUUCCUUGAACAACAUGACAGCCUCCGUCCAGAUGACAGAGUGUAUGAUAUUAGACAAUAUGGAUGCAGAUGAGGCUCUAUCACGGUGUGCGAAAGUUAUGAAAAUUGAUCCAGAUCCGAUUACUAACUGUGCAGUCCACGCACAUGGAUCAGCUUUGCUGAAGAAACACGGUGAUGACACGAAUAUAUUAAAACCAACAUUUAUUCCUACAAUUACAUUAAACGGAUCAAAAGAUAAUCAAAUACCUAUAUUGAAGAAUUUUCUUUUAGAAGUGUGUAAAUUGAUUAAUAUGCCAUUACCUCCGCCAUGCUUGUGACGUUCAAAACAGAAAAUUAAACAUAUUUUACUCUUCAAACCAAAACCUAUUAUGUAAUAUUUGGAAGUAUAUACUUAACUAAAUUUGCUCAGACUUCGGCUCAUUGCUGUAGAUUAUAUUGCGAAAUAAGAACCAGAUACUGUAGUGAUCACAAAAUACCUUUUAUAUAUAUAUAUAUAUAUAUAUAUAUUUAAUGCACAAAACAUAAAUAUAUAUUACAGUCAUAUGUUUGUUUAAUGCCAAAAAAUGUAUAUGGCUAUUUUUUCUUACUGUUUUUGAGUGGAAGGUCAGUCCAGUAAAAUUUGUAUAUUAUAUACACUCGCUUGGGUCUUUGUAAGUCAAUUAAGACAUUUCCUUUUAUUAAACAACAAAAUUGGAAGAGGAUGAUGUAUAUUUCUUUAUGUGUUUGGCUAUAUUUUUUUUUAAGAAUCAAUUUUGAUCAUUAUUUUUGCAUUGUGUACAGUAAGGCUUAGAUCCAAGGUUUGAUCUAAAUUUCUUUUUUAUUGGAUAGCUUUACAUUUUUAAAUGUAAAGCACAUCAUAUAUAUGUAUAGCACAAAUAAUAUGUAGCUACAUUUGCACACUCCGUAUUUCCUGUUAAAUUUUUCAGGUACAAGUACUUGGUUUUUAUACCGUAGUAUUAAAUAUGCCAUUAUUUUUACUUUUGAAUAAGUUAUUAAUAGCUUUUUAAUUUUAUUGCGUUUACAAAUUUUUUUGAUAACAAUGCCAUUUUUAUUAAAAUGCAAAGUAACUCAAUUAUUAUGAAAGACAAAUUUAUAUUUAAAUGUCACAAAUUAGAUGCUAUAUAGAAAAUAAUUUAUUUUGCAAUGUUAGUGAUGAUUAAAAUAUUGAAAAGUAUUAUUCGAUUACCUAAUUUGAUAAAGAAAAUGUUCCUUAAAUUUUAAAAGUAUUUUAGUAAUUUUUAAUUUUUAUUUUUAAUGUUUUAUACGAUUUUACUUUAUACAAAGAUAAAAUUAAUUUAAAAAUAAUUAUAAAAUUCGUUGUUUUUAUUACAUUGGUUGUGUCUUUUGCAUUUAUUUUUAAGUGUGUCAAUUUAUUUGUUAUUGCGAAUUGCGAUUUAGGGGGAUAUCAUAAAGUAACUGGGAUGAAAAAAUAAUGUUUUUAAACUUUAUAAUAUAUAUGAUUUUCAAAAUAAUAAUAAUAAAUAUAUAUAUGACGUACAAUUAUUAUAUUAUAAACAAUAUUGAUUACUAAGCAAAAGUUUAUACAUUAAAUUAUAUCAACUUAUUUGAGAUUAAUGCAAUGAGGGCUACAACACAUAGAGUGAGGUUUCUAGAAAUGUUAAAUGUCACUGAACGAAUUGAAUGAACACUGAGUGAACAUUUACUGUUAGCCAUUUUUCAUGGCGGUUAUUGACUAAUUAUUCAUGAUCGUUGUAUCGAAUCGUUAGCAAACACAGUUUUUAGGCGAGUUUUGUUUUUUAGAAAAGUAUGUCCUUAUUUUCGGAUCAAAAUGGGACUGUGAAAUACAGGCAUCCUCUUUUAUUUAUUUGCUUACUAUCAAUUAUUUUUUAGGCCCUGCCACACUAACAAAUUAUUUUUCAAUGAAAGCUUACUCGCCAACCGAUACCUCCAGAA